UGUUUAUUGUUUAUGGAUUUUGUUAAAUUAUUUAUCACUCUAUUUCAAAUAAAUUAUUUGUUCGUUACUUUAUUGUGAAUGUCCUUUGUUUGCUGUUGCUACCUAGUAUCUAGUACAAUAGCAUAAUUGCAUUCAAAUGCUCAUCGAAUAAUUAAUUGCACAUGUCUGAUAUUUGUUUGAAGUAAAUGCUGUGUCUUGAAAAUCACCUCAGAGACACUGCAUAGUACACAAUUAUUACUACAGAAGUUGUAAAGUAUUGAUUAUUGUCUACUUCAUUUAAUUACAGUCAAAGACUCAUUUAAACGUGAAAAAAAGCAAAUUGGUUAAAUCGCAAUUAUGACUUCACAAAGUGUUGAACUAGAACUCCAGUCGUUCCUUUCAGAUGAAAAUUCCAAGAAAAAUGAAUUAUCGCAAAAUAUACAAAAACCUAACAAAAUGUUUGAGAAGGGCGAAGUUGCACACCUCAAUGGUAAUAUUGACUAUGAUCCAUUCCUUGAGAGAAACUUAGAACACCCAACCACCAACGGUGAGACCCUGACUCAUUUGCUCAAAGCUUCUUUAGGAACCGGCAUCCUGGCUAUGCCACUAGCUUUCCAAUGUUCUGGACUUAUAAUUGGUAUAUUCGCAACAGUGUUUGUGUCGUUUGUGUGCACAUAUUGCUCAUAUUUACUGGUGAAAUGCGCUCACACGCUCUACUGGCGAACAAAAGUUUCGUCCAUGAGUUACGCUGACGUGGCUGAAGUAGCGUUUGCUAACGGACCUGAAUGGUCUCGAAAGUUCUCAUCACUAACCCGAAAGUCUAUCCUCUGGCUACUGUUUGUCACAUAUUUUGGAACGUGCAGCGUGUACACAGUGAUCAUAGCCUCUAACUUUCACCAGCUGUACAUGUACCACAUGGGUUAUGAGCUGAACCUCCGGUAUUUUAUUGCGAUACUUCUCAUACCACUCAUACUGCUCAGUUACGUACCCAAUCUCAAGUAUUUGGCACCUGUGUCUAAGGUUGCCAACCAGUUGAUGGCUAUCGGUCUGAGCAUCACAUUCUACUAUACGCUGUGUGAUGUACCCAGCAUUUCGAAAAGGUCACCUGUGGGAUCCUUGGAAACAUUCCCUACAUUCUUUUGCAUCACUGUGUUCGCCAUGGAAGCUAUUGGAGUGGUAAUGCCGUUAGAGAACAACAUGAAAACACCUAAAAAAUUUUUAGGAGUUUUUGGCGUGUUAAACGUCGGCAUGGGUGGCGUGACUGUUGUGUACAUUCUGCUUGGUUUCUUCGGAUACUUGAAAUACGGUGAAGCAACAGAAUCAAGUAUAACAUUAAACCUACCAAACGAAGAUUUUGCUGCUCAAGUAGCUAAAAUAUGCAUCAGUUUAGCCGUGUUCUGCACAUAUGGCCUACAGUUUUUUGUUUGCUUGGAAAUCAUUUGGACUAAAAUUCAAGAAAACUUUGAAAAUACCACAAUUUACCACAAUUACAUAUUGAGAACGAUUCUGGUGACCAUAUCUGUGGUGAUUGCGGUGGCUGUACCAACAAUUGGUCCAUUCAUUGGGCUUAUUGGUGCCUUCUGUUUCUCGCUACUCGGCAUUGUUAUGCCUGUGGUUAUAGAGUUUGCUACAUACUGGGACAACAUCACCAUUUGGAUGACUGUUCGAAAUGCAGUGCUGAUUGCCAUUGGUAUAAUGGCCCUAAUCUUUGGCACUGCAAGUAGCAUCACUGAUAUCAUUACCGCAUAUGAACCUAAUGCCGCCCAGACUGUUAAGUCCGCCAUCAACUUCACAUUGACUAAUUCAACUGCUCAAUGACUAGAAAUCUGAUUGUGCCAUCAAUCACUCAAUUCACACAGAAUUCAGAACCUAUGAUUAUAUUUUUAUUCUUAGACCUUAUUUCUUAUUUUUUACAAAAAAAUAUACAU